CAAAGCCACGAUCUCCCAAUUAGCAUUCAAACACAAAGCCCGCCCCUGUUCCUUUUCCAGUUUUCCCUCGUCUGUUCUUGCUCACUACUGUAUUUUCAUCCCUGAUUUAGCUAUGUCUAACAGAAACAAACGUCAAUCUGGGUGUUUUUCUUCUCUUUUGCGCCGGAUUUUAUGUGCCGGGAGCCCUCAAACCCAUCCGUCGGACAAUAUGGUUGAGUUGGAUGAGGCAACCGAGUUUGUUGAUGAGGGUAAGAUCCAACUCCAGGUUGCGGCUAGUGCUAGUGCUGGUCCAGGAGUGGUGGCGCGGUUAAUGGGGCUGGAGUCAUUACCGGAGAAGAACCGGAUUCCGAUAGGGAAGAGUCCAGGUCAGGUUACACGGAGCAGGUCGGUGAAUUUUAUGGAUUAUUUACUGGAGUUUGAUCUGACGGAAAGCAAGCAUCGCCGGGUGAGGACGUCGGUGUCGUUUCGGGAGGUGCCGCCGGUGUUGCAGCAGAAUCAGAAUCAGGAAUUCGUGGUCGUCUAUUGGGAAGAUGAAAUGGAUAAGAGUAAAGAAGCAGGGGCAUUACAGAGGAAAUCUGAGAGAAGACAUGGGUCAGGGAGUAAGCAGAGGGAGAUUAAUGUAAAAGAGAGAUUACCCAAAAAGGAGGACAAUCAGAGGAAGAAGAACAAGAAGAUUUCGAAGUUGAAGAAUGAACCGAGAAGGGUGGCUGGAAAAAAUUCCUCCAGUAGCAGCAGGAAUGGAGUUCGGAUCAAACGAGGUGUAAAUUCGAAGGCAAAAGCUCCAUUGAAGAUGGUAGAUCAGACCAAGAAGAACAAGAAUCAAAUUGGAGUUAGUAAAGCGGAGUAUGAGUAUAAUUCAGACACUUCAAGUCCCCUCUCAGUUGUUGAUGCCAUUGAUUUCGCUUUCUACCAUGAAAAUUCCUUCCCAGAAGUUCCAAGGUCCAUGGAGAUGGAAUUGAGCUCCAAUAAGACAUGCAUUUCAAUCACUGAAGAUCUUAAGUUGACUAAGAAGAAGUGUUCUGAGCCCAAGGACAUGAAUGAGACUGAGUUUUACCUGGAAUUGGCAGGGGCGCUCUGCAAGCUAACAGGAGAAGACAUAAGGCAGUCCAAAUGGACUAGUGGGAAAGGAGGGUUAGAGUUCGAAGACUUUGAAGAGUUGUGUAUGGAGUUUGGGGAACAUAUAUUGAAUUUCAUGUUGUACCAAGUGUUGGACGAACUUGUUGGAUUUCAAACAUGUAGAUAAUGAGAAUCGUGUAUUUUCAAAAAAAAAAAAAUAGUAAUAAUAAUGAGAACCGUGGAGAGCUUUCAUUGUGAGAGUAUCUUACUUUUUAAAGCCUUGAUAUGUACUAAAAUGUGAAACUUCAUGGAAGGCCAAUUUGUAAAUUCAUUUAUAUUUCUAGAAGAAUUCUAGAAACAUGAAAUGUUGUAUGAAUGUUAGGAGGCAUGUUAGAAGACUAAAAUAAUGUUCUGGGGUUCUU